AUGGCUCCACGAAUGCUUUCCGAGGGCGCCCUGGGGGGCAUCGCCCAGAUCACCCCCUCGCUGUACCUGAGCAGGGGCAGCGUCGCCUCCAACCGGCACCUGCUGCUCUCCCGGGGCAUCACCUGCAUCAUCAACGCCACCAUCGAGAUCCCCAACUUCAACUGGCCCCAGUUUGAGUACGUCAAAGUGCCUUUGGCUGACAUGCCCAACGCCCCCAUCUCCCUGUACUUCGACAGCGUGGCCGACAAGAUCCACAGCGUGGCGCGGAAACACGGGGCCACCCUGGUGCACUGCGCCGCCGGCGUCAGCCGCUCGGCCACGCUCUGCAUCGCCUACCUGAUGAAGUACCACAAGGUCUCCCUCUUCGAGGCCUACAACUGGGUGAAGUCGCGGCGCCCGGUCAUCCGGCCCAACGUGGGCUUCUGGAGGCAGCUGAUAGACUACGAGAGGAAGCUGUUUGGGAAGACGUCGGUUAAAAUGGUACAGACACCCUAUGGCAUCAUCCCAGACGUUUAUGAGAGGGAGAGGAGACCCCUGAUGCCUUACUGGGGAAUUUAAAGGGACUGCAGACGAUGGGAAGCACAACGGAAGGGACACGCUGUUCUGAGUCAACCAGACUGGAGCCUUUCCCUUCUCCUUCCACAGCCAACUUUUGGUUCUUUACCAUACAGCAGAACCUCAAUUCUCACCUCACCAACCUGCAAGGCCAACGAUUCCCUUUGAAGCGUUUCUCUCUAUGGGGAUUUCGCAUCCACAUCUCUGAGUUAGCAGAACCAGGUCUCCCUAUGAGUUUAUCCCUCCCAUAAAGCUCCCUCCCCUUUUUAGGCAGUCGAUUAGGACCCUCCAAGGAACAGCCCACGAGGCGUUUGGCAGAGUCGACGACCCAAGUGCGCUUUGUGCCGCGGUAG